CAUGGCCGCGCUGGCGCUCGGGGUGGCCCUCGGGGGGGGUCUGGUCGCCCUCGGGGGGGUUUUGGUGGCCAAGCUGGCCCGGAGGGGCCCCGAGGGGCCGAGGCUGCAGCGAGAGGCGCGGGCGGUGGCGCACAGGGGCGGAGCUGGGGAGCGAAUCGAGAACACCCUGGAGGCGUUUGAGAACGCGGUGGCCGAGGGCUCUGAUUGGCUGGAGCUGGACGUGCGGCGCACGCGCGACGGCGUCGUCGUCGUCAGCCACGACCGCGAGCUGAGCCGGCAGUGCGGCCGCCAUCUUGAUAUCGGCCAGCUGGAUUAUCAGGACCUCCCCCCCUACCAGAGCCCCUUGGAGGUGACGUUCUCCCCAGGCCAUUUCUCCCAGGGCUGCGAUCACCGCUUUCCCCGACUGGUUGAAAUCUUCGAGCGCUUCCCCCGGCAGCCAAUCAGCAUCGAGAUCAAGGAUGACGACGAUGACCUCAUCAAUGACGUGGCCGCCCUGGUCCGACGCUUCGACCGCGCCCCCAUCACCCUCUGGGCCUCGUUCCGGGAGCGAAUCCUGCGGAAAUGCCGGCGAGCCCACCCCCAGAUGCCGUUUUGUUUCUCCCUGGAGCGAGGAUUGCUGACGUUGCUCUGUUGGUACCUGGGGCUGCUCCCAUUGCUGCGGCUGGGUGAGGCCGCGCUGCUCUUCCCGCUGCCGUCAAUCAUCAAUCGGACCUAUUUCCCCGUCCCCAAGGGCCCGGCCGGACACGUCCUGAGCAGAGUGACCCAAAGCCUCGUUCUCCGCCCGUCCCUCCUGAGGCACCUCCGGAGCCGCGGGAUCCAGGUGUGGCUGUGGGUGGUGAACGAGGAGCGGGACUUCGCGGAAGCCUUCGGCCUCGGCGCCACCGGAGUCAUCACCGACUACCCCGGGCGGCUCCGGAAGUUUCUGGAAGGGGGAGGGGGCCCCUCCCCCACCCCCCGGGACCCCUCCCCCACCCCUGGGGGGGAGACCCUCCCCCGCGAAAAAAAAGGAAGAGAUUAA